ACUGUUCUGUUUUCAGUGCUGUACACAGACUUAUAAAGGAGACUGAGUGUCAUAGUGUGGCAGGUUCGUGAUGGCGCUUCUUCAUGUUGCUGUGUCUGUGCUCACUCUUCUGUCUGUGGGACAUUCAGCUCCUAUAACAGACUGUGAGAGUUUGACUAAACCUGUAGGGAUACAGGGAAGAGAGCAGCUGCUGGGCAGGUGGACAUACAUAGCUGAGAGCUCAGAUGUGGAUGGAUCCAACGUCCUGACAAAACAAUUUGUGGACACGAUUUGGGGGAAGAUAACAGCUUCUGAGAAAAGUGAUGUCCUCCAUCUUUAUCAAGUGCAAAAAAUCUUUGACCAAUGCUUCGCAAUGAAAGCAAAUCUGACGUUAGCAAACAACACUAUCUCCAUGACAACACCAUUCAAUUCUUCGGACAUCCUGUUAAACACUGGCUGCACUGACUGCCUUGUGUUCUUGUCAAGACACAACAUUGGAGGAAGCCCUCAUCUUGGUCUACAGCUCCUUAGCAAAAGAAAAAUUGUUUCUGCCAAUGAGCUGCAAGAAUUUAAAAAACAGGCAUCUUGCCUAAAUUUAACAUCACCUGUUGUCUUUGAUCCAGAAAAAGGUUUUUGCCCUGAUGAGUCUUCCUCUCAGAAUCCAGAGGCCUUUGAUCUGAACACUCUCAUUGCAAGCAUGGAUUCUGGUGACACAGAUGUUUUGGAGAGAUUUUUUGAAAAGAUUCUGAAUCCUGAGUCUUUAAUGAAGAUGUUUGUCCGUAUUAUGACAAAUACAAGUGAGUGGGUAAGCGAAAUGGAAAACUGGCAGUAGUAGUACUGAAAAUCUGAAGACAGACCCCGAGUGGCCAAACUCGGUGGUUCUCUGAGUCCAAAGAAUUGUUAUUUAAAGUAUUUCCUACUUUGUGAUAUAUGUAAGAUUUCAACUUGAAAAUCAUAAAAUAAAUGAAAUAUCGAUUGUUA